UCUCCACUGUAUGGAACCAGGCAAUGGUACACAAAUUUCAGAAUUUCUUCUCCUGGGACUAUCAGAGGAACCAGAACUGCAGCCCAUCCUAUUUGGGCUGUUCCUCUGCAUGUACCUGAUCACUGUGUUGGGAAACCUGCUCAUCAUUCUGGCUGUCAACUCAGACUCCCACCUUCACACACCCAUGUACUUCUUCCUCUCCAACCUGUCCUUUACUGACAUCUGUUUCACUUCCACCACCAUCCCGAAGAUGCUGCUGAACAUCCAGACACAGAGCAAAGCCAUCACCUAUCCAGGCUGCAUCACUCAGAUGUAUUUUUUCCUCCUCUUUGGAGGGCUGGAUGACUUCAUCCUUACUGUCAUGGCCUAUGACAGGUAUGUGGCCAUCUGUCACCCCCUGCACUACACAGUCAUCAUGAACCCCCGGCUCUGUGUACUGUUGGUCCUGGUGUCCUGGGUCACAAGUUCCCUGUAUUCCUUGUUGCAAACCUCAAUGGUAUUACAAGUGUCCUUCUGUGCAGACUUGGAAAUUCCUCACUUUUUCUGUGAAUUCAAUCACAUGGUCCAACUCGCCUGCUCUGACACCUUUCUUGAAAACAUCAUGAUGUAUUUUGGAGUUGGGAUGCUGGGUGGUGGUCCCUUGGCUGGGAUCCUUUACUCUUAUUCUAAGAUAGUGUCCUCCAUACGAGCAAUCACAUCAGCUCAGGGGAAGUAUAAAGCAUUUUCCACCUGUGCAUCUCACCUCUCAGUUGUCUCCUUAUUUUAUGGUACGGGCCUAGGCAUGUAUCUCAGCUCUGCUGGUUCCCACCACUCCCAGUCAAGUGCAACAGCCUCAGUGAUGUACACUGUGGUCACACCAAUGCUGAACCCCUUCAUAUACAGUCUCAGGAACAGAGACAUUAAGGGGGCUCUAAGAAGAUUAGUUGGAGUGGCAACUAUGAAAGGACCAAUUCUCCUUGAGCUAAGGAAGUGCCUGUGA